CGCACACAAAAACAGGGGAAAAUGGUCACUCACGGCCAGAUGCUGAACAUUUCCAGCAGACACGUAAGGCGAAGACACAAACGCAGCAUCCGGAGUAAAAGAGGCUCUCAUUCCUUAGCUCUCUCUCUCGCGUUCUCUUUCUCUCUCUCGCUCUGCCUUUGGCACGUUCUUCUUAGGUUUGCAUGGUUCCGGUUGUGUACGGUUGCUCUUAUCUCUGCCACCCUCUGGGCGCAGGUAUCCUUCCGGGGAGGCGCGUCUUUCGCUACCAUCAAGCAGGAUUCGUUACAAACUGAAACGAAAGCCCCCAAAACUCCUAUGUCGGUCGAAAUUCGCAACAACGGAAGUGCUCUGAGACCUGAGAACGUGCAGGCAAGGCGCAACACCGGGAUGGGUUCGGGUCAACGUUUCACCAAGCGCUUUCCCGUCCUGUGUCCUGUGCGGCAAACAAACCCCCGGUCCCAAGAGUUCCCGAAAAGAUGCCGGGAAAGGCCGAACUCGCGCGCGUUACUCGCCACGAGCAGCGAGAUGAGCCUGUCGGUGCCGAAUUGUUGUACCCCGUAGUCAGUCAGUCGCCAGCCGGUUUAUUUAACGGUGUGCAGUUCUUCGACCAAAGUCCUUUCGGGUGGACGGUAACGAAUUCGCUCUGAUGUUCGGAUGCAGCACGUCACAGGACACACACACACUUCCAGAUGGUGAUGCAUGUUUGGUGAAGUAGCAAAGGACGUUUGACAUCCCGGUGCGCGGUGUUGCGAUAGGAUCGUGAGCGAUCGGUUGUGAUGUUACGGUGAGAAGAAGUUUAUAAGUUGUGGAAUUAUAGGUGAAGAUACGUCGGUGUCACAUGAUCUGCAAAACAAAGGAAGAGAAGAUAUUGUGAGAUACAAGAGACAACAGUGACUAGUGCGUGACUCUAGCGGGAGAUCCCUUGGUGAAGUGGAAGAUUCAAAGUGUAAGUUUAGUUUGUAGCGCGCGUUGAUCGUACAUGUGGUUCAAUAUGGUGCGUUUAGUGUCCGGAAGAUGUACACUCUCCUUCCCGGUUUUGGUAGUACUGUUUCUAGCCUCAACACCGACCCACUCCGUCAAUCUCGAUGAGGGUGCAUUCUCGAAGCAUGCCUCGUACGAUCCUUGCUACGAUGAAGAUCGUCCACGGCGUUGUCUUCCCGACUUUGUGAAUGCCGCCUUUGGCAUGCCGGUGGUAGCGUCCUCCACCUGUGGACAACGAUCUCUCGAGCGGUUGUGCGAUGUACAGCAACCGGUACGGCCACGCUGCCUGCAGUGUGACGAUGGGAACCCCCGGAAACGCUAUCCACCUUCCGCAUUGACCGACGUUAACAACUCCAACAAUGUGACCUGCUGGCGUUCCGAACCACUUCGAUCACCCGCGUCCAUCAACGAUCCACCGGACAACGUCACGCUGACGCUGUCGCUCGGCAAGAAGUACGAGCUGACGUACAUCAGCCUAACGUUCUGCCCGGGCACCAUCAAGCCGGACUCGAUCGCGAUUUACAAGAGUGCGGACUUUGGCAAGUCGUGGCAGGCGUUCCAGUUCUACAGCUCCCAAUGCCGGCGGGUUUACGGCCGACCCAAUCGGGCCACGAUCACGCGCGCCAACGAGCAGGAGGCACGCUGUACCGAUGCUCAUCGGCAUGGCGGUGAGCUGGGUGUUGGUGGAACCGGACCGAGCGUUUCGCGGAUCGCUUUCAGCACACUGGAAGGACGACCAUCUGCGCCCGAUUUUGAUUCGUCCCCUGUGCUGCAGGAUUGGGUCACCGCUACCGAUGUGCGGAUCGUGUUCCACCGGCACCAGAUGCCGCCGGAAGAUUCGUUCGAAGAUCCUUGGUAUUUGCUGCACAGUUCGGCUCAGGUACCAGCAUCCUUCCGCCGGCAGCCACGCGAGCUGGCGGAGUCACUAGAGGACGAACACAACAUUUCCGAGCAGGAUGAAGUCAGCACCGUGUCCACCACUCCAGAUUACCAGUCGGAGGAGGCACCUCCGGUACGACCACAAUCAAACGCUUCGGAACCGGCUAGCUCAUCCAUCAAACCACCAGCCGAGGUGAUUAGCAUCGGGCAGCGGGCUGGAUCCUCUUCACGGCAGCAGCAGCCACCACAUCACCACUACGCGGUGUCCGACUUUGCUGUCGGAGGACGCUGCAAGUGUAACGGGCAUGCGUUCCGCUGCAUCCCGCUCGGGAAGGAUGGUGAGGUGAGCUGUGACUGCAAGCACAACACUGCCGGCCGGGACUGUGAGCGUUGCAAGCCGUUCCACUUCGAUCGCCCGUGGGGACGCGCCAAUGCUCGGGACGCCAACGAAUGCAAAGCCUGCAACUGUAACGGACACGCACGCCGCUGCCGCUUCAACAUGGAGCUGUACAAGAUGUCCGGCCGGAUAUCCGGUGGCGUGUGUCUAAGCUGUCGGCAUGCGACCACCGGCCGUCACUGUCACUACUGCCGGGAGGGUUUCUACCGGGACGCUACCAAACCGAUCAGCCACAGGAAGGUUUGCAAAGCCUGCGACUGUCACCCGAUCGGAUCGUCUGGUAAAACCUGUAACCACACGACGGGCCAGUGUCCGUGUAAAGAUGGCGUUACGGGGCUUACCUGUAACCGGUGUGCCCGUGGCUACCAGCAGAGUCGUUCACACAUCGCACCCUGCAUCAAAAUUCCGAGAGUUAUCAAUAUGGUACAUUCGCAAAACACGGCACCGGAAGAGCAUCACCAGUACGCCGUCAGUGGUGGUAACCAUGAGCCGGAAGCACCCACCUACCGGAUGCAUGCCGGACGGGAGUGCGGAAAGUGCAAAAUCAGCACAAAGCGGCUAAAUCUAAACAAGUUUUGCAAAAGAGAUUACGCAAUAAUGGCCAAAGUGAUCGGAAAGGACACGAAACCCGACCACGGAAUCACGAAAGGCAGCACCGGCAGCAGCGGCCCCGCCAACCAACACCCGUACCAGCAGCACCCGUACCAACCACCGUCGCAACGGUACCGAGGCACACCACCCGAGGACGCCGUGGUCCAGUUCCGUCUAAGCGUACAAAAGGUGUUCAAGCGAAGCCGCAAUCCCGCCAGCCCGCUGGCCAAAGCGUCGAAAUGGUCGGACGUACCGUACAUCGUCAGCGCACACGAUCUGGACUGUCGCUGUCCAAAGCUCAAAGUGCAUAGAUCCUAUCUCAUCCUGGGCAACGAUUCCGAGGGACCGACGGGGAUACUGGGAGUCGGACCUCGCUCCAUACUGAUCGAGUGGCGCGAUGAGUGGCAUCGGCGAUUGAGAAAGUUCCAGCGACAGGCGGUCCGGACCUGUCACUGAGUGGACAACAUCGGUGUGAUAUGAGGCAAAGUAAGUUUCCUUCUUCCCCCCCCCGAAGCACAGCCCAAAGCGAAACCCCAAAGCUCCCGCACACGAUACGUAUCAUAGUGCUCCGGAUGUCACGACCAGGAUGACAGCGUGACGUUAAUGGCCCAAGAGAGAGAGAUAUUGCAAGUUCCACGCAAGGCUCCUUGCCGACGGGCCUGUUACACUUCCUUUGCAGAAGAUCAGAGUUGGGAUAAUAGAGGAGUAAGUUGUGCUCUGUUCAGUUUGCGCCAUUACUCCACCACGAUAACUGUCCUGGGAAGAACUGUAUUAGCUCGAUAUUCUAUACCCAUUUAAAAAAACACACUUAUCUUUGAACGAGUAGUUCCGAACGUACCCAGCCGAUGAAGCUGCACAGUAUUUGUAAAACAUAUGUAUUUUCUUAUAAAUUGUAGCAUUUAACGUAAAGCUCCAGCGAGAGUGCGUGCUCGACCAACAUUGGGAGCAUGAAGCAAGAUAGUGAAGAUGAUGAGGGCCACACCACUAGUCAACAAUUGUGUCAUACAAACAAAAAUGAAGGCUGAUUAAAUCGCAUCAAUAUCAUCGUUCUUAUCACUUGAAAUAGACAGGCUUUGGUUAGCAGCAGCUAGCGAGAUAGAAGAUAGCAUUGCGAUGCGUAUUGCAUAACGCAAGGCGUACUAUUGAGGUUUUAACCCUCAUCAAACGAACCUUCAAAAUCAUGGGUUUUCGGAAGAAUUAUAUCAUUGUCAGACAGUCCGUUUCCGGUCCCUUUUUUGUUGCUCAACCACCUUUGUUGGAUAGUUAUUGUAAAGAUUGAACCAGUUGCUCAUACAACGAUGAUUCGUCUUGUACAAAUACGUGAGCGUUACAGCAUCGCAUUCGAAGAUCCUAGCCCCAAACCAUCCCGAUUACACUUAACCACUGUUCGAUCGUUCAAAAUGGCUGCUGUAAUAUUUAGCUUCCACGAUCGUAAUGAAGCUUUCGGAUAUCAUCAAGUUAACAAAGACAAGUUAAUGGUCAGUUUAAAGCAAAAGAGCGAAGCUUGUUUGAGAACAAAACAUAUAUCAAUUACUUCAUUUCUCAUCAGUAUUAGCUUGCAAGGAACCCGAAAAGCUUCAAGUUGAAUGUCCGUAACUCUACGCCAUAAUCACUUCUCGGGAGGCGUCUUAUAAGCUUACACGUAUUCCAAACGGUUACAGACAGACGUGUGUCGAACUUGUAGGAUUAAGAGUUUCCAUUUCCCUAUCACUAGAGCGCGUUAAUAAACGGAUGGCAAGCCCUAUAUUUUAGAGCUAUAUAUAUAUAUAUGACCUGUCAUAGCUAGAUCUAUAUCGUCCGGUCCACGAGAAGUAAUCAAUCUUUCGAAUCUUUGUACAUUUAACGCGACCGCCCCGCUUUGUUUUCUAUGUAUAGAUUCCCGAUCAAUGUGUGUUGAAUGGUGGAAAUUGUGCCAAUACGACUACCCUUUGGCUAGGUUAAUGUCAAGCGUUACGAUAGAACAGAGUUUUGUUUUUUUUUUGGUUUACCAUCGGCCAUCUUCUUUUCCUGCUUGUCACAGUGUAUACAUUUAAAAUAAUAUAACCGUUUUAACUACAUUUCAAACACAUGAAACUCACAUGACACAUCUUGUAUCGUGUUGUACGUGCGAGCAGCAGCGAACUAUAAUAAUACGACUACUUUUACUGAACUGGUGAUGUAUUGACAACAAAGCUGAACGUAAGGAAUGAAAUAAAGUUUUGAUUACUAAAGUGGAAAA